AUGUUGUUCGUAUCACGCUAUGGUACAUCAACUACGGCUGAUCGACUCAACCUCAGAACCAAAUUCGAGAGCGUUGUGAAAAAUCAUCAGUAUGAUAUUGUGAUGUUUUUCUCUUCGGUCAUCAUUGUAAUUUUAGAAUCGGAAGUACACCUGCCGCAAUGUUAUUUACAGCGGCGAUAUCUUGUCGUGCUACUAGCAUUUUUAGAUUUUCCCAAUAUUCAUGCAGUGAGGGUUGUUCCAUGGAGGCGCAUUCUUUCAAGUAAAGCUGUUUGGGCCAUAGUUAUUGCACAUGCUGGAUCUCUGUCGUCCCUACCGUAUUUUGUUAUGGGUACUGUGCUUCUGACCACUGGUGGUUUCGUUGAUUGUCUUAAGAAGAGCCAGAGAUUAUUGGGAGAAAUAGCAUUUUUGUUGCUAACAAUAACAAAAAUGUCUCAGUUUGUUGGUGCUUAUUUCACUAAUAAUUUCUAUUGUCGUGCUAUGUUUUCGAGUCGAAGAAGAAAGAUGUUCGAAAAAUCGGGCAGUGGACACGCAUCGGUUUAG